GCGGCAGCAACGGAAGGCAGCGAGCAGCGACGUCGGCAGCGGCGGUGCGAAUUCGGUGUGUGAAUUUUUCUAUAAACUCGGCGCCGCCCUUAUGCUGGCCAACAUUCGCGUUUAGUGAUACGGAGCAUAAGGCCGCUAUGCGAACGCUGCCGAACUAAAGUCUGACCUUCGCACACUUUGUCGAAAUUUUGCACAAUUCUUGCCACAACAACCGAUAGCGGCCAACAAACAAACCAACCAGCCAACAGCAAAACAAACAACCAAACAAACUAGUAACAACCAGCAGCAAUCGACACAAAAGUUCCUAAAUCAAAAACACAUUUUGUGCGCGCACACAAGUUCCUAAGUAGCUGAAAGUCAGCAAAACACAAAACAAAACGCAAAAGAAGCAGCAACAUUGCAACAGCAACAGCAAUAUAGCAGCAGCAGCAGCAACAGUAACAGCAACAGCAAUAUUGCAACAGCAACAUUAGCAACAACAUAACGAAAUGACGGCACUGGGAUUAGUUUUGCUAACAAUGAUGGGCUAUGGCCAACAUAUGCAGCCGUCGAGUAUGAGCGAUGGAGUGGCCACCGCUCGACUGCUGUCCCGCUCCGACUGGAGCGCCCGUCCGGCCAAGUCGGUGGAGCACUUCGAGGGUCCUGCCCCCUACGUGAUCAUCCACCACUCGUACAUGCCGGCAGUGUGCUACAGCACUCCGGACUGCAUGAAGAGCAUGCGCGAAAUGCAGGACUUCCACCAACUCGAUCGCGGGUGGAACGAUAUCGGCUAUAGCUUCGGAGUCGGCGGCGAUGGCAUGAUCUACACCGGAAGGGGAUUCAACGUUAUCGGAGCCCAUGCGCCCAGGUACAAUGACAAGAGCGUGGGCAUCGUGCUGAUCGGAGAUUGGAGAACUGAACUGCCGCCCAAACAGAUGCUGGAUGCGACCAAGAGCCUGAUCGAAUUCGGCGUGUAUAAGGGCUACAUCGACCCCGCCUACAAGCUGUUGGGGCACCGACAGGUUCGCGACACCGAGUGCCCCGGGGACAGGUUGUUCGCGGAGAUCUCCGGCUGGCCGCACUUCACCCUCCUGAAUGCCACCGAGGCUAGCACCGCCGCCCCCGUCCCCGCUGAACCGCACGUACAUCCCCAGGCGGUGCCACAUGCCCCAGCCCAAUCCCCGCCAGCUGCGCCCAAGGUCUAGUUAACGACCGGGCGACCUCAUCCCUCGCAAAGCCGUUUAAGAGAAGCCACAACGAGCUCGGCUCCCCGCACAAACGCCAAGGAGUUCAUUCAGUAUUCAUUAGAUGUCUCUUCGAACAUUUCACAAAUAAAGCAAUUUCUAGAUGAUAACACUUAAACAUAA